ACCCACAAACUCCAGCUUUCCUCUCCAUAAAAACGAAAAUCCCCCUUGAUACCCAAAGUGAAAAAGGAAACAGCCAAAAUGGCAGACGACCAAUCCCCCGACUGCCCACCCACAGCCAAGCGCUUCAUCCCACUAGAAAACAACCCCGAAGUAAUGACCACACUCGUCCACAAACUAGGCCUCUCCCGCACCCUCGCCUUCCACGACGUCUACAGCAUCGACGAGCCGGACCUCCUCGCCUUCGUGCCGCGACCCGCCUACGCCCUGCUCCUCAUCUUCCCCGUCUCGGAGACGUACGAGCGGUUCCGCGUCGCCGAAGAUAAAGAGCGCGAGGAAUACAAGGGUUAUGGGGAGGGGGAGGAGGUGGUGUGGUAUAAGCAGACGAUUGGGAAUGCGUGCGGGUUGAUUGGCUUGUUGCAUGGGGUGUCGAAUGGGGCGGCGAGGGGGAAGAUUGAGCCAAACUCCCCCCUCGCCAACCUCCUGCAAUCCGCAAUCCCCCUCCCACCCCCCUCCCGCGCAACCCUCCUCUACGAAUCCCAAGCCCUCGAGUCGGCCCACCAGGAAGCCGCUGCGGGGGGCGACACAUCCGCUCCCUCAGCCGACGACAGCAUCGACCUGCACUACGUCUGCUUCGUCAAAUCCGACAAGGACCACCUGUGGGAGCUGGAUGGGAGGCGUAAAGGUCCGAUCGAUCGCGGCGAGUUGGCGCCCGACGAGGAUGUGUUGAGCCCGAGGGCGCUGGAGCUGGGGGUUAGGAGUUUCCUGAGGAGGGAGGAGGAGGCGGGCGGUGGCGAGUUGAGGUUUAGUUUGAUUGUCUUGGCCGAGUCGCUCGAGUGAAUGGGGUACCUUUUUUUUCAAGAGGGUCGGUAUUGGGGACGACACAUUGUACGGGGUAAUGGUCGAUACGGGAGACGUCUGGCUGCUACCCUUUGGAUGAAGCUUGGAUGAAGGGUUCCAAUCAUAUAAGGGACCGCCAUGAAUCCGCGGCGAAGGUGUCUGCCGCAGUGGCUAUAUCCCGCGUUGGUGUCUCAGCUAUAGACAGGCGAGCGUCGAAUAGCAGACAGAGAAGCUGAUCCAUCACGCAUCUGGUUCGGGCGGCCCAGAAGAGGGAUCAUAUAUCUACUUGGUUCGGAGAAGGCGGAAAGAAAUAUGGUGUAUUCAGCCCCUUCGCCCGCAUUCCCAAAUCAGCCAUAUAAACAGCCCUUCUCUAACCCCUUCCUAUGCCCCAUUCCCAAUCAAAUUACCAAUGGAACCCAUGAAGCCAUUUUCCAGAGUUCCGGGCCUUCCAAGAAGAAGAUGAAGUAUAAAGAUGCAACGAA